AUGGAUCUCUACGUCACUGCCGUUAGCCUCGUAGUCCUGUAUAUUCUGAAGCGACUCCUUCUGGAGAAGGGCCCUUCAGAACCUCUACCACCGGGACCAAAGCCGUUGCCCAUUGUUGGCAAUAUCCGUGAUCUUCCCUCGGGAGAUAGGCCCGACUGGCUACAUUGGCUCAAGCACAAGGAUAUUUACGCAGGGCCUAUCAGUACGGUGACUGUUUUCGGGCAGCGAAUAAUCAUUCUCAAUGAAAUCCAACUGGCAAUGGAGCUUCUUGAAAAGCGAUCUGCGGUGCAUUCGGACCGUCCCGAAAUGCCGUUUGCCAGGCUUUGUGGCUGGGCGGAUACCCUCGCUAUGCUGGGGUACUCUAAGCGCUUCAAUGCUUACCGCAGGAACAUACACCGCGAGAUCGGAUCUAAAGUAAGCGUUGCUCGCUUCACUUCAACACAGGAGGUCGAAGUGCGGCGUUUCCUACUCCGGGUAUUGGACAACCCGCAGGAUCUACUCGAUCAUACCCGAAAGUUGGCAGGAGCUGUGAUCCUGAAGAUCACCUAUGGCUACUCUAUUGAGCCCUUUGAUCGGGAUCCGCUUGUGGAUCUUGUCGAUGAGGCAGUGGAAGGGUUCUCUCUGGCUGCUCGUCCGGGAACAUGGCUCGUAGACUUUGCGCCUAUCUUGAGAUAUAUUCCGGCAUGGUUUCCAGGUGCUGGGUUUCAGAGAACUGCAAAGGCCUUCCGCAAGCUAACCCAGGCUCACUGCGAGGUCCCCUUCGCAUUUGUUAAGCAGCAGAUGUCUCAGCCCAACUAUGAACCAUCUUAUGUCUCGCAUCUACUGGGGGAGAAGCCGAUACCACCUGGGUCCGCAGAAGAGAUUGCUAUCAAGUGGUCAGCUGCCGCUCUCUAUGGCGGGGGAGCCGACACGACCGUUUCAGCCAUAUCGUCGUUUUUCUUGACGAUGGCUCUCUUUCCCGAAGCCCAAAGAACGGCUCAAGAAGAAAUCGACCGUGUUAUCGGGCCACAUCGAUUACCUGGGUAUGCUGACCGUGAAAAGCUGCCUUAUGUUGAGGCCCUGGUCAAGGAGGCCCUCCGCUGGCAUCCUGUUGGUCCUAUGGGCAUCCCUCACAGGUCUAUCAACCACGAUGUGUGCAAUGGUUAUUUUAUCCCCAAGGGGUCGAUUAUUCUCGCGAAUAUUUGGGCUUUCUGUCAUGAUCCGACUGAAUAUGCAAACCCAAUGGCCUUCCAGCCCGAGCGCUUCCUGGGCAAAACCCCAGAGCGCGAUCCACAUCAUAUCUCCUUUGGGUUCGGCCGUCGCGUUUGUCCCGGUCGUAUAAUCGCCGACGCGAAUAUCUACUUGACCAUUGUCCAAGCUCUAGCGGCUUUCACUACCGGUAAAGUCAUGAAGGACGGCAAGGAGGCCGACAUUAACCCGGAGUUUUUGCCUGGGGUAAUCAGUCACCCAGCGCCGUUCGAGGUGGAUAUUAAGGUGCGGAGCAAACAGUAUGAAGAGCUGAUUAGGGCAGUGGAAACAGAGCACCCUUGGGAGAAUAAACAUACACAGAUCCUCCGAGAUAUCUUAGUGGAGGCUGCCUAG